UCCUUCAACUUUGCUGUCAAAUGAGAAAUCAGUUCCGCUCCUGCAGUUAGCAAAUCUGUGAAGCGACCCUCGUAGUUGCGAAAUUCUUGUUUUAUUGAGUAAGAGAAAACUGACUUUGGAGGUAAUUGGGUUGAGCUAUGAAGGAAGAGGAUUUGGAGGAGGAGGAGGAUUUGGAGAGAGCAGCAUAUCGUGUGAGCAGGGCCGUGGAGGCGAUGAAGAAGGAGCUGCAGUUGCCUUCGUCGAUCGUGAUGCCGAUCCUGUUGAAGCUGAUCGAGGCUUAUGACGGGAAAUGGGAGCACAUUGAGGCUGACGGGUAUCGGCUACUAGCGGACAUGAUUUUCCAGCAGCAGGAAGCAGUGGAGAAGGAGCAGAAUCCAGGCUGCUCGCGUGGUAGAAAGGACGCGAUUCCCAAGGAGAACAAGAAAAAGAGGGAGGAGACGAAGAAGAAGAAGGGCCCGGCGGUUCGCGUGAUGUCCUCGAAGUUGGAGCCCGCACAUUUCCCAAGCGGCGACAGUGACCACGAGGCCGACGAUCCAUUAAACUCUCACGAACACUUCCGCCGAUGCAGACGUGGAUCAUCAGACACAAGUGAUCAAGUUGGGAAACGGAAAGCUUCGAUUGUCCUGUUUUCUGGGCCUGGAAAACUAGCUCGGGAGGCUUCAACAUCUAGAGUACCGAUGUUUAAUGCGCAGUGCCAAGACCCUCAGAGUGGAGGAUUGCGACGAUUGAUCAAACAAUCUGUGCGUCAAGUGAUUGUUGAGAACAAGCAGACCCAGACCGAGGCGGAUUGUUUCCAAGUGAUCACAAAAGCAGACAGGGCUCAGCCCACUCCGACUGCAAACCUGAAUACUCCGAAUGCGGUACCUAAAAAAUCAGGUCUAACAGGGGGCACGUUAGAGAAGCCCCGCUCUUCACGAAUCCUUCGCUUCGAUGCUUCAAAGAUAAAAUUGGAACCGCAAUCACCAGUGCUGCACAGAAGCACCAAGAUGGUGGAUCGUGACAAUCUCGAGGAGUAUCGGUCGAUGAUUCCCGUGACAAGCGAACCACAAUGCUUAAAUCCUGAACCCCUGCAGUCGGUAGUCCCAACCUCGAACUUACUUCUAGCUCUUCCGGCGUUUCAAACUCCAGUGGAGAGAUUCAAACAAUCUAAGACCGAAGAGAUGGAGUCUAAGCCGUUAAUCCUGGCGCUUCUGCCCACACAGUCGGGAGUGGAAGACUCCCAACCAAUCGAGCGAGUGCGGUUGAAGGAAAACCCUGAGACUCAACAUGCGGAGCCAGUGCGUUCGUAUGAUUCCUCAUCUUUGGAACUGAAAGAUGAGCACAAUGUGGUGCCAUUGAACGAGACAACCCAGGUUCUGGAGACUGCUACGCUUACAAAUUCGAUGGUGAAAGUCGAGGUGGAAUUGAACUUUUCCAGCAAAGCUGCCGAUAACCCAACUAAUGUUCUCUCGGCGAAGAAUGGCCUGCCUCAAGGCGCCCGCAGGGCUUGUGGGCAGUCUUCUACCGAAAUUGGCCGCGAUACACCUCACCGUGGCGGGCGUGACGUUAGAAAUUGUUCGAAAACAUGUGAAAAGUCUGAAGCAAAGGUAGCAGAGGUUAAACAGCACAACCGCCGGCCAACCUUCAUGAAGAAUGAAGCUAUACGAAAAGCAGGUGGAGGGGCCAAGAAAAACUACGGCUCAGCGGCCAUGUCCAACUUGAAAGCGAAGCCUGUAGAAUUAUCCCACCUUGCAGUGGCGGAAGAGCAACGAGUGAAAUCUUCGGGAAGCUCUGGCUCGGGGGUUUGUGGGUCGGAUAAGGGACGCAAGAGAAUGUUGAUCAGUAAAGAUUUGCUCGAGUUGGAUGGGCAUCCUCCAAAUGGGGCAGCAGCAAGGAAGCCCGACCAUCGCCACGAUCGUUACGAUAUCUCCCGAGGGAAGGAAAGAGUCCCCAUCUCGCUUAGCGCUCUCGGUGCGGAGGACUUGCCGGAGGAAUUCUUCUACACGAAGAGCAGCGUGGUGUUCCAAAGUGCGCAUGUGGGUAUAUCCAUGGCGAGGAUCGGGGAGGACGAUAGGUGCAGUGGCUGUGUGGGCAACUGUCUCGACAAGCUCACUCCCUGCGAGUGCGCGAGGCUGACUGACGGAGAGUUCGCGUACACAGUGGAAGGGCUUCUGUAUCCCCACUUUCUGAAGCAAGAGCUGGAUCGGAAGAGGAACUUGAGCUUUCUGUCGUUCUGCCUGCCAGGGACUUGUCCUGUCGAGAGAACGGGCGACGAGCCUUGCAAAGGCCACACUCAACGACGCUUCAUCAAGGAGUGUUGGGAGAAAUGUGGGUGCAAACAGCUUUGCGGGAACCGGAUCGUGCAACGAGGCAUCACCGCGAGACUGCAGGUCUUCUGGACUGGCGGAAAAGGCUGGGGUGUGCGAGCAUUGGAUUAUCUACCGGCUGGCACGUUUGUAUGCGAGUACGUGGGAGAAAUACUGACCAACACAGAGAUGUGGUUUCGCAACAACGAGAGCCACCGAUCAGCCAAACAUCACUUCUCCCUGAAUCUGGACGCGGAUUGGUGCUCCGAACGAUACCUCAAGGAUGAGGAAGCUCUUUGUUUGGAUGGUACUUGCUAUGGGAAUGUCGCCCGUUUCAUCAACCAUGGAUGCUUCGAUACCAACCUACUUGAAGUUCCUGUUGAGAUUGAGAGCCCAGACCAUCACUACUAUCAUCUUGCAUUUUUCACCAGCAAAGAUGUAGCAGCAAAUGAAGAGCUCAUAUGGGACUAUGGGUUGGAUUUCAACGACAAGGAUCAUCCACUUCGAGCUUUUGAAUGCCUUUGUGGAAGUGACUUCUGUCGAGGGAAAAGCCUUGGAGGGAACUCUUGGCAUAAGUCUUGAGCCCCAGAAAAAAUUUUGAGAUUUAUGUUCAUAGAAGGUGCGAGUGAUUUGCAGAAUUAGCUCGUAUUGUGGUGGCACUUUUGAUGUGUUAGAAACCAUAGAAGAGUGGGGUGUAGGAAGGAGAUGCCCACUUCGAUGGCUUUUGCUGGAGGCUGCUAUGUACAGAGUAGUCAGGCUCAAUAUUGGACGCAAAUCCUGCCCAUCAGACUCAAUAGGGCUCUCUUGUUUUUUUUUCUCUUUUUCUCUUUUUUCAGGAUCUACUUGUAGAUGUCAAUUUUGGGCGAUCAACUUUGUAAAUGGAACUGGAAUUGUGUGACAGCUAAGAGAUUCAAACUGUGUAGCACUAUCAUGCCUCUUCUGCUUAAGCCAACUCUCACAACGGGGAACUGUAGCUGCGGAGUUGCGCCCGCAUGAGGGUGCAACGCAAAGAUUUGAUUGAAAAAACUAGCUCUUCACGCUUCAAACGCGAUGAGUUUUGGUAUAACUCCAGCAGCACAGCUGCAGUCGCAGACUUGGCAUCGUGCCGUUAGAAGUAUAUGCAUCCAGCCAUCGAGGAUGAAGAGGAACUCGCUGUGAAAUUAUGCAUUACAGCAUUCUAGAUUAAAAGAAUGACAUGCAUGCUUUACUACUAUGUUGCUCAGGUAGAGUGCAAGGAAUACAUACUCAAUUUGUUUCUGGUUUA